AUGCAAACAUAUCGACAAAUUACAUGCAUUAUCAAGGUUUCAUAUCUUUGUGUUAUAUGAGUUCCAACUUUAAAGUCUGUUCCAUUAUUCGUUCAUUGAUUAGUAAGUUGGUUAUGUUGUUCAAAGGAUCUGCUAAUCCAACUUAGGGUACGUUUCACUUUGUCACUCCUACACUAGAAAACUAGAAAACUAGAAAACCCAGCAAACUUGAGUCUUGAGGUGCAAGUAAUCUUAUGCUGCCUUAAUUCCUUGAUUAGGUGUUUAACCUUUUUCAUUAGGGAUGCAUAUAUAGCUUUAAUUGAUUUGUUCCAGCUGAUAUAUACCUGAAAAAUUCACGCAAGCCCGUUAAACUAGGGAACAUACAAAAAUGAGUGCAGAAAAUUUCGUUUCAGUAAUUUUAGCUUUUCUAGUAGUGACUUUCGUAAAAGGAGCGGGUAAAUUAUAUUUUUAGCGGGAGGCCGCGUCGCAAAACUCCACGUCCGUUUAGAUUUUCCCGGAGCUCCAUCUGCCAAGUAUAUAUAGCUUCUUGAUUGACCUUUCGUCUGUCUUCCUCUCCAAGCUUCUUCCCGGAAAAAAAAUACAUACACACACAUAUAUAAGUGUAUAUAUUUUUAUAUGUGUGUAUAUAACAGCUCCGAAUUCUUGAUUUUCGAGUUCUGUUCUUUGUGGUGAUCCCCAUUCGAAGGCAUUAUUGUUUCUCAGUUUCUUGCUUCAAAAGCCAAAAAUACCGAUUUGCUUUCCUUCUUGGUUUUCUUGAAUCCGAUUCCUGGAGUGGACCGGUUUUUUGAAAUUUUGAGAAUCAUCAGAGGACAAGAUGUUGAGGGGGUUCCGAAAGCCGAAAUUCGUCACCAAAUGUAAAUCGGAUAUAAAGAUGACGAAGAUGCGGAUCGAGGCGAUAAAGAAGAAGAGGAGCGCGGUGCAGAAGUUUUUGAAGAGCGACAUAGCUGAUCUUUUGAGGAGUGGCCGUGACAUCAAUGCAUACGGCAGGGCUGAAGGGCUUCUAGUUGAGCAAAAUAUGUCCGCCUGUUAUGAAUCAACUGAGAGCUUUCUUGGAUGCAUCUCGACUCAACUUCCUCUCAUACAAAAUCAGAGUGAGUGCCCUGAGGAAUGCAAGGAAGCUGUUCGGUCAAUUAUGUACGCUGCAGCACGAUUUGCUGAUUUACCAGAACUCCGUGAGCUCAGAACUCUGUUUAGUGAAAAGUAUGGAAAUUCCCUCGAACCUUUUCUGAAUAAAGAGUUUGUGGAGAGGUUGAAGUCAAAGCCUCUUACGAAGGAGACGAAGAUUCAGUUAAUGCACGACAUAGCACAAGAAUUUUCGAUUGAAUGGGAUUCAAGGUCUUUGGAACAGAAACUGUAUACUAAUACUCCAUCGGCAUCUGACCAAGGCCAGCGCAGGUGUGGAUCUCCAGUUGACAGCGAUGACGAUAUGCACAAAUCACAUAAAAGGCAAGACAAUGCUUUCCCGAAGAGAAGAAACCAGGAGGGUGACUCUUAUGACAGUUACAAGCUGCAGAGCAGCAGUGAAGACGAAACAACAACAGAUGUAUCCCAAUCUGCCCCAAAAUAUUCUUCAAGCUCAGUAGGAAGUACAUCCGGGGAUGAAGCAGAUACCAGCAAGAUGCCCUUCUACUCCAAGUUUGUUCCACCACCUUACUACAGAUCAAGACCUGAAAAAGAGGAAAGCAGUCACGUCGAAAGGGAAACAGAUCACCCUAGCGAUGUUUCAGUUGGUGAAGAUAAUACAAAACGAAGAUCAGCAAGGAGGGGAAACUUGAAACCACCACCAGGUCACGGGAAUCUUGGCAGGAAUGAUAAAACUAGACAUGGAGAGGAUAGUGAUUCAAUGGACGAAGAGAAGAGAAUAAUGGAUGGGCUUUUGAUACAUUACAGCAGGAAACAGUCACCCUAUGAAUCGAGCCAGAUGAAGGGCAGUCUAGACGAUGAUGAUGCUGGUGAAUCAACAUGGAACAGAAGCAGAAAAUCUCAGCGAGAAGCUCCGUCAGCCAGAGCAUCAUCUCUCCCACCAGAGCCAACAAGUCCAAUUGAGGCACCGAAAAAGCAUGUCCGAGCAUUUUCCUUCACACCAGAUGUACACGUGCACCCAAAGCUACCGGAGUACGAUGAACUGGCAGCUCGAAUUGCCGCUCUUAGAGGAAUAUAGAAGAAAGACAGCAUUAGAAAUUAAAGUCUGAAAAUGUUUAUUUGGUGUCAUCUUCUCUACCUCUAAUAGGAAAUAUUAUUGGAGUUUGAUAUGUCUAUCAACAUCCAUUAAUCAUUAGUUUGCUGAUCAUAUAACACUGUAAAAAUCCCGAAAGUGUCAUGGUUGAACUUUAGAGUUCACAAUCUAACACUACUUCAGAUAUAAAAGUUGUGUGUUUUCCUUUCA